UUCCCGCCAUUUGCAGCACGUCCUGAGGAGAGCUGGUUGAUUUCGGUGAGAGCUGCAGUCUUCUGGGAUCACGGCGGGCAGUCGGGCUGUAAAGGAACUACUGGUAAAUUUAAGACUCAGCCAAAUCCCUCUCACCCGGAGAAACCAGGUUAUUCCUACUUUUCCUUCAUCUGCUGCAGAAUGGAUUGGUUUCAUUGCAACCUGUGUUUCCGAAAAGAUGGGGCCCAUUUCUUUGUCACCAGCUGUGGCCAUAUUUUCUGUAAGAAGUGUGUGACUCCGGAAAAAUGUUCUGUUUGUGGAGCUGCCUGCAAGCACCUGGCUCUUUCUGAUAAUCUGAAACCUCAGGAGAAGAAGUACUUCAAAAGCCCUGUGGAGACAGCUUUGCAGCAUUUUAGCCACAUCUCUCAGGUGUGGCGUUUCCAGAAGAAACAAACAGAUCUCCUCAUUGCCUUUUAUAAGCAUAGAAUUACAAAGUUAGAAGCAGCCAUGCAGGAGGCACAGCAAACAGUGACCAGACAGAACAAAGAGCUGUCAGUCUUAAGGAAGGAGAAUGGAGAACUAAAGAAAUUUUUAGCUAUCCUGAAGGAAUCUCCAAGUUGGUACCAAGGAAGCAGGCCAACCACACCUCGACCAGUGGGCAUUACUUCUCCAACACAGUCAGUUACUCCAAGACCCAGUUCUCAGCAUAGCAGCCAAGUGGUCAGUCGGUCCUCCUCAGUGGAGUCUAUCCCUUAUAGAGUGGCUGGCUUUAAUAGCGUGGGACAAGGAGCCAGAAGCCUUCAGGGAAGAAGCGCUCCCAGAGACUCUUAUAUUGAAACUCCUUCUCCAGCUUCCACUCACAGCCUAUCUUACAGAACUUCAUCUGCCUCCUCUGGACUGGGGAUUUUCUCUUUCAGACCAUCCUUAAGUAGUGGGGAUUCAGGCCACAUACAAGUACUCACUCCCAACAAUUCAGGUCAGAGGGAGAAUAGAACCUCACUAGAGAGUCUUCCUGGUUUCCAGCUACCAGUCCUGCAGACUCUCUACCAACAAAGGCAGAUGGGAUUAGCGAGGGGGAGAGAAGCAUGGACCACUCCCAGAUAGAUCAUCGUCAAGGUCUGAUUUGUACAUACAGCUGAAGGACAGAUUAGCAUCUGAUACCCACUGGGCGUGAUGGCCUUAGAAAAUGUACCCCUGCUUGGUUCACUAUUUUCUCUUGAUCUUUACCAUAUACACCCUGUAUCACCUCCUUGGAAAGUGGUUAGGUCUUGCAUAAGGCUAGUGCUUCCAGAAGAUUACAUUUCUCCCACAAGACAGGUAGCUCUCUUAUUUCCUACAACUUGAAACAAAAGUUAUCAAAACAUUUCUUGUCACCCUUGGGGGUGGGGGUAAUAUACUCAUAACUGUGUUUUACUUCUAGAUUUCAUUUUUUAGUUUUGGAUAUAUUCUCCUAUUGCCAAUGUUAACAAGCAACAAUUCUCCCUGUCCCAAUUUGAUACUUUCUGUUUGCCUGUUGUUUUCUCUAUGCCUGGUUAUUAUGAAAUAUGUUGAUUUUCCUUUCUGUCUGAUAAUAGUUGGAGACAGACAUUCUGCUUACUAAAAGUACAUAGAUAAUGCAAUAAAGAGGAUGUCCUUUUUUGCUACUGCAA